AUGAGAUCAAAUGGUAUUGUUUCCGAACCAAAAAUGGAUAGCAAAAAGAUUGAAUUUCCUGCUGGUUUUCGAUUCCAUCCUACCGACGUAGAACUCAUAAAUCAAUACCUUGUCAAGAAGGUUGACGACAAUAGUUUCUCUACCAUAGCUAUUGCUGAAGUUGAUAUGAAUAAGUGUGAACCAUGGGACUUGCCAGAGUUGGCAAAAAUGGGAGAUACAGAAUGGUAUUAUUUUUGUGUGAGGGACAAAAAAUAUUUAAGUGGUCAAAGAACAAAUAGAGCUACUAAUGCUGGUUAUUGGAAGGCGACAGGAAGAGACAAGGAAAUUUACGAUAAAAAUGUAUUGAUUGGGAUGAAGAAAACAUUGGUUUUCUAUCAAGGAAGAGUUCCAAGUGGUGUAAAAACUAGUUGGAUCAUGCAGGAAUACAGAUUGGAGGGUAGCACACUCUCUAAGGAUAUUUUAUUAAAGAGAGGAAUGGUUGAAUGGGUUAUCAGCAAAAUCUAUAAGAAGCGUGGUUGUGAAAAGAAAACGUAUGAUCCAAGACUUGAAAGGUUUACCUCCUUUAGAGAACAACCACCAAAUACUAAUGUAUAUCCAUCGAUGAAUUCUUCUCCAUCCACUAAUGGUGAGUUCUCUUAUGUGAUCAAUUCGUUUGCCAUUCCAAAUCAAACACAAGACAACAACAUUGUUGGCAACAAUGAAGCUAAUGUCAUGAACAUUUCAUCAUCUUCAAAACAAAUUGAUGAUUACCCUUUUGUUGAAGCAACACAAAACCAUUUAUCGUCUCAAGAACAAUCUAUGACGAUGACGCAAUUCGAGAAUGAGAAUUAUGGAUCAAGUUUAAAGCAAAUUCAACAUGAUUUUUCUCUCGAACGAGACAUUGAUGCUCAUAUCUCAUCUAUUUUAUAUGAAAAUGACAUGUUUCUAACGUGGUAUGGGAAUCAAGAAUUGAUACCCGAUUCUCCUAGACCUGUGGUAACUGAUCUCUUAUGA